AAAACAUUUACAUGGAAAUCCUUACUUAAGAUGGCAGAUUCAUUUGCAGAUCAUUUUGACAACUCCAAAUAAUGGUCUCCCAAGAUAAUAAUCAGGAAGGUAUUUUCAGUCCUCACAAUUAGGGAAAGGAUUCUUGUAAAGGGAAGAAUAUGUCUUAAAUGUUUAUGUAAAAUGUAUAAAAUAAUUUAGUAAAGUCACAUAUUAGCCACUAGUUUGAUGUUAAUGUGUUGCUCUGGGUAACAAUUUCAGUUCCAUUUGCUUUUAUUACUAUGCUAUACACUGCGUAAUAACAUAAACAAGCAUAAUACACCAGAUGUGUACAAUAUUUCCAUAAAUGGAACAAUUGAUGUAUAGGUGAAUACGAGAGAGACAGUUACAGAAAGAGAAUUCACUUGGGGUUGGAAUUUUGCAUUUUCUUAUUUCCCCGUGUGUUUUAUUACAUAAAUUUUGCUUAUUUUGCUCCAGUCUUUUCAGGUUAACAUCAUCAUGUUCCGCUGUGUGACAUCUGACCCGGUAGUACUUAUGUUGCCUAUUGUUCUGUUGGUGUUGCUAAUGCCUCUUAGUUGGAGCUCUCAAGCCCUGAGUCCUGGCUGCCACCUCUACCCAUUUAAUGUGACCAUACGGACAGACAAACGAGGAACAUGUCAAGGAACCCAAGUAGUAUAUGCUUGUGUGGGCUACUGUGAGUCCAGUGCUUUCCCCUCCCGCUACUCUGUAUUGCUGGCUUCCAACUUCACUCAUAACAUAACUUCUGCUUCCAGCUGCUGCACCAUUAGCAAGGAUGCCAAGGUCAAAGUACAUCUGCACUGUCCGCAAGGCCGUCAAAAUGAUGAUAUUGAGAUCUUGACUGCACGUGCCUGUCGGUGCAACAUGUGUCACAAAUCUCGUUACUGA